AUGGCGGGCCUAGACACUGCUGUGAGCACGGGCGCCAAACAUGAGUCUGACCUCCGUCGAAGAAAUGUUCCCGAUACUAGUAACGUUCAUCUGGUCUCAAACCGGAUGAAUGAUGAAGAUGGGAAGAAAGCCAGAAUACAGUCACCCUCGUUCCUCCAUGUGCUAGCUAGCUGGGAGCCGAUCAUUGCUCCCAUCAUCUUGACUGCACUCGCCCUCUUCACCCGCCUGUACCAGAUCGGCCGUUCCAACAUUGUGACCUGGGAUGAGGCCCACUUCGGUAAAUUCGGUUCCCACUAUCUGAAACGCGAGUUCUACUUCGAUGUCCACCCGCCUUUGGGGAAGAUGCUUGUUGGCCUGUCCGGCUAUCUUGCUGGCUAUAACGGAUCUUUUGAAUUCAAGUCUGGCGAGAAGUAUCCAGAAGAUGUGAACUACACCUUUAUGCGAGCCUUCAAUGCUGCCUUUGUCUGGUUGAUCAGCCUGAUGGUGCUGUGUGAGAACUCCUAUGCCACAAUUUCCCGGUUUAUACUUCUCGACUCGAUGCUGCUCUGUUUCACAUUCACUACCACAAUGUGCUGGGCAAGAUUCCACCGGUUGCAACGCGAUAGCUUUUCGCUGGAAUGGUAUGCCUGGCUCUGUUUGACUGGCUUGAGCAUUGGCUGUGUCUGUAGUGUCAAAUGGGUCGGUUUCUUCUGCACUGCUCUUGUCGGUCUUUAUACUAUUGAUGAUCUCUGGAGCAAAUUUGGCGACCUGAAGAUGCCACGGGCUGUGCUCGCAAAACACCUGGUUGCUCGUGUUGUGGGGUUGAUUGUUAUCCCAAUCUUGGUCUACAUGUUUUCUUUUUACCUGCACUUCUUGGUCCUGGCGAACAGUGGCCCAGGUGAUGCCCAGAUGAGCUCGCUUUUCCAGGCCAACCUGCAAGGUACCGAGGAGGGCUUCUGCACUCCCAUGUUCAAACCUACCCGGGAGGGAUCUAUGCAGCAGCAGGUCACCUGCUACCACCACAAAGAUGCCAACAACGACUGGUUUAUCUAUCCCAACCGACAGGAGCCGGAUUAUGAUGCCACUGCUGAUCCGCGGUUCGUUGGUGAUGGCGAUGUCAUCCGGCUGAUUCAUGGACAGACAGGUCGCAACCUGCAUUCCCACGCUAUCCCAGCACCAAUCACUAAAUCACACCACGAGGUGUCAUCUUACGGAAAUAUUACCAUUGGAGAUGACAAAGACCACUGGCAAGUGGAGGUGGUCGACGAUGUUGCAUCUCGGGAUCGAUCUAGGAUCCGGACACUCACAACAGCAUUCCGACUCCGCCAUCCAGUCCUAGGCUGCUAUCUGCGGGCAGGAAAUGUCAAUCUACCUCAAUGGGGUUUCAAGCAGAUUGAAACAACGUGUACCAAGGAAAACAAACCCAGCGAUGUGUACACUCACUGGAAUUACCCCCCUGGUGACCCUGGCUCCUAUAAAUCGCCCUUCUUGAAGGACUUCAUCCACUUGAAUGUGGCCAUGAUGACCUCUAACAAUGCUUUGGUUCCUGAUCCUGACAAGCAAGAUGACCUGGCUUCCAAGUUUUGGCAAUGGCCCAUUCUUAAUGAAACCCCCCUGGUCUACUGGGGAAGUACUGCGGCUCUUGGUGGAUUUGGUCUUCUAUUCCUUUGGUACCUUCUGCGCUGGCAGAGGGGGUACAAUGAUCUCAGCAACGAGGAAAUCCGUCACAUCCACUACUCCGGCUUGUAUCCGGUUAUCGGAUGGGUAUUGCACUACCUUCCCUUUAUAGUCAUGGCUCGUGUGACUUAUGUUCACCAUUACUAUCCUGCUCUCUACUAUGCCAUCCUGAACUUCGGCUUCUGCAUCGAUUGGAUGACACGGAAGAUGAAUCCCAGAUUGUCUGCGGCGGUGUAUGCCUUCCUCUACGUGGUCAUUGUCGGAUUGUUCAUUCAUUUCCGAGCCAUUGUAUUUGGAAUGGAGGGUUCUAACCAGCAAUGGACUCACCUACGCUGGCUACCCGGAUGGAAAAUGGCGAAUGCGAGCUAA